AUGUGUGAUUCGAGUCAGGAGACAUUGAUACCGCGAAGUGGGGCUGGACUCAGAAGAACGGUGGCGGUAUCUGAUUCUAUGCAUCCAAUGAGAAAAUCCAAUAGUAGUAACGGACUAGUAAUAUUCAACGAGAAUGGUGAAAUUGAUGAUACUUUUUUAUAUGAAGAUGAUUAUUUUGAAAUGCAAGUGCCCAAGCUAAAUACAGAUGGUAUACCAGUGUCGGCUAGAGUCAUGAAUGGGGGUGUCUUAUCGCGAAGAGAGCAGAAACAAAGAGAAAAAUUAACUAGAGAAGAAGUUAGCUCUUGGGAAGUUUUUGAUCAAGCUCUCAAGGAAAAAGAAACUUUAGCUUGUAGUCAAGCUUCUUCAAUUGCCGCUGCCGCCGCUGCGGUUAACUCACAGUCUCUAGAUGAAGCUCAAGAUAAAACUACUAAAAGGAAAAGGCGGAAGCGUUUGGUUGAUAGAACAUCUUCUCCUCCCUUGCAACUAGAGACAACAACAGCAACUCAGUCAAGUCGUAUAACAAGUCUAAUCAGUGAGCUCAAAACAGCGAAAAAGCAGCAUACAAGUCAAACUCUGUUACUACAAGCACCACCACCAUCGCAAACUCCUCAUAUUCCAAAAUAUACUGCACAAUCCUCAAUCACUUCAGAGUCUACUUCCACGUCUCUAGCAAAUAGUCCAAUGGAGCUGGUAUCUUAUUCAUCUAGUGAUGAUAAUGAGUAUGUUAUACCCAAAAGAGAAUUAUCAUUUGAUGAAAAAUCAAUUAUCCAAAAAUAUCUACGAAGUAAGUUGAAGUGCAGGUACAAACCUGGUGAUUGUUCGUCAAACUACAUUUCAAACGAAGAACAAUUUAUCAAAAUUAAUAAGAAGAUUUCACGCAAAAUAUAUAGUCAUAUUGUCAACUCGACAUGCGAAAUAGAGGAGUAUUUUAAAAAUGAGUGUAAGUUGAGAGACGUUAUUGAUGGAUAUAUUGAAACGUGA